AUGGAGCAGAGCAAGAGAUUGUGGGACGACGGUGGCGAAACCACGGAGCGCUACAGUCCGUCGCCCAACUCCGUGGAUUCCGGCUUCGAAUCCGGCCCUUCUUCUCCUGACUCCAGUUCCUGCAGCUCCGAGACCUCAUCGACGCAAGCCAAAACCGAGCAUAAGGUGGAGCGAUACGACAACAAGAUAGUGGACCAUCUCUCGACGAUAAAGGAAGAACAAUUCUCAGUGAAAUCAGAGAUAAAACAAGUGAAAGCGGAGUCGCCCACGAUACCUGUCGCCUCUCCAGAACUUCCGGAAAAGGCGAAACAGCCCUCGACUUCCCGCGACUACUACGACGCUGACUACCACUGCCUCUGGCAAGGGUGUAACUACUUCUACGCCGACGUCAACGAUUUGUACGAUCAUGCACUACAAACACAUAUCUCCGUUCUGCCAGCAUUGCCGUUCACGAAUGGCCGGAAACGUCGGAAUUCAGAUGCCUGCGAGCGACACUACCAAUGCAAAUGGCAUGACUGUGAAAUGACCUUAAAGAGGGGAGCUGCUGACAAGAAGGUAAGGCAACAUAAUGAUUUUAAGGCUGAAAUCAACUUUAAGUAUGGCAUCGAAGAUUAAAUCUUAUGUUAUCAUGCUUGGAGCAUUUCAGUUUUAUUUUUAUGUUAUGUAUACUCAAUCUUUGCCCUUUUUACAAGCAUAAAUUAUUGUUAAUCCGGUUCGAAGUACAAUCUUGACGACAUUUGUGUCACGAAAUUGCUUCGUACUACUGAAAAUUUACAUUACAUGUCUUACUAUUCUUUCUGGUACUUACCUAGUACUAUUAUUUAAAAACAUGUAGUACUUUAUAUAACUCAAGGUCUAUGUCACUGUUUUGUCACAAACGACAUUAUUUGCUACAAAGCAUAAUAUUAUAUGUCAUGUCUUGUACCAUUAAACGUAUGCCUGUCUGAUUCCUUAUUCUCACGUUUAUCGUUACAGUUCGAAUGGCUGAGUUCGCACUUUCGUGCUCGUCACGCCCCCAAGGCACAGCCCUUCAAAUGCUUACUCGAGGAUUGUAAACUCCGCUUCAACACUCCGAAGGCGCUUCACGGUCACCUUCGCAACUCACAUGACGACAAGAAGAAGCCUUGUAAGUUACAAUAACAUUGUAAAUCUGACGUAAAGGGAAGCAUUUGUUUGAAAAAGUUGUAAAUUGUAGUUGACAUUAAUAAGGAAAAGAAGCUCCGAAAGACGUAUUCAGAGCAUGUAUCAUCUUAUACUAGAAUUCUGAAAGCUAGAAUAUGUAGUCUAUCAAAGACAAUAUAUAUUACAGUUAAAACAGUCAAUUAACUUUCCAUUAACAUACAAUUAGCAAUUAUCAGAAACUUUGCUAAUCACGUAGCUAAUAUAUGGUAAUUAGCCAAAAGAUCGCCUUAAAAUGAUUUUUAAUUAUGUGAAAAGUGUCUUUCCGAUAAUCCCAAAUUGUCAGAUACUCAUUCCUUAUUGCGGCUUAACGGCUUCGUUAUUUAAAUGGUUUUCCGGGCUUUAUAACACGGAUAAUCUCAUUAAUAUUACAGGUAAAAAGUGCCCCAGUCCGAAUGCUCCCAAAGCCUCUUGCUUCACUUACAAACCCCGGACUACAUCACAUGACUGUAGGUUUUUAACUUUAAUCCAAAAAGGCUUUCCAGCUAUAUAGUUUCGAAUUUCAACAAAAGACUCAUAGCUUGUUACAUUAGCUACAUAGGUUGUUAUAUAGAUAUAAAACCUCGUAUAAAAUGCAUUUUUAAACAACAAUAUUUAUAUAGUACCGUUCAGAGGAGAAAGAUUCGAAAUUAACACGUGACAAAAUGUAGAUUCAUAAAAAUACUACAUAUAAAACAAACUCUUCAUCCAUUUUAGAUUGCCAACUAGACUUCAUGGACAAUAUGACAUACGACAAGAUAUCCGAGCGCCUCGACCUCAUGCUAUCCCUCCCCAAGGUCACAGUGUCCACUACAAGUACAGGUAUCAUGCCACCAACGAAGAAGCUCAAUGUGCUCCAGGAGCUUUUCCCUCACAAAUUCUAA